AUGUCACAUUUAAUAGUAAUAGUAACAGCUGCUUUAAUGCUUUUAUUGUUGAAUAUUACUUCCAUUCAUUGUGAAAAAGACCCGAAUACAUUUGAUUGGCCAACUUCAGAAGGAGGGAAUGGUCACACAUACAAAGGAUUACUUUUGGCUACUCCUUCAAUCAAAGAGGUGAUUCACCUAUGUGAAAGUGCCAAAAGCAGUACAUUUAAAUCGUAUGUUGUCACACUUGAAUCAAAACAAGAAUGGGAUUUUAUUAAAACCCAUUGGUUACAACCAAUGAUAUGGGUCUCUGGUAAAGACAUCAGAGGCAAUGGGAAUUAUUCCUAUUCAAGUGGACCAGGAACCAAUCAACCACUAUUUAAUAUGUAUACUGGUCAAUGUUGGGGAUAUUGUCCAUUCCAAGCAGGUGAACCAUCUUUAACUCCUGCUGAAGAUCAAUAUAUUUACAUCAGAAGACCGACUUGGAAUUUUAAUAAUGAUGAUGAACCAAUUUCAGAGGUAUAUGUUCCAUCAAUCGGUACAAAUGGAGGAUCAAUAACAAUCAACAAUCUAUCACAAUUCAACAUACAAACAAUCAACAUUACAUUUUCCAACCCAUCCAAACAACUCUCAAAAUCAUGUCAAAUAACAUCAAAACAAGGAACAUCAGUCACUUGUACUGUUCCACGUCUAUCUGGAUUUCAUAAUGUCACUGUUCAAGAUGCUAGUGGAGUCAACUCAACACACUAUGCAUGGCAACCAUAUCCACCAUUUAUCAAAGCUGUCUAUCCAUCAUUCACUGCCAAUGGAUUGGUUACACUGAUUGGUGAUAACUUUGGUGAUAACAGUAAUAAUAUAGUAUCUGUUAAUGUUUCAACAUCUAAUAUUACUUGUAAUAUUAUGUCUGUAUCAUCAAAUCAGAUUUUUUGUAAACUCGUAUCAUCUCUUAAUGCAACUACCAAACUACUUCCCAUUUCAAUUUCAAUUGAUGAUGUUUAUACCCGAACCCAUAAACCCUAUAUUUUUUGUGAUUUAAUUCUAAUGCAAUACUCUAUUUUCAAUAUAGUCUGUGCCAAUAGAUUCCAUUCAACCAUUCUAUUUGGUGGAGAAUACGAAAAAGUCAAUGGAUUGAUGAUUGGCAACAUCAAAAUUGGUGCAACUCCAAAUGCUCCAUAUAUUGGUGCAAUAGAAUCACAAGAAAUUAUCAUACCUGGACAAGCAUCACAGGUUACAAUCAACGGUAAUCAUUUUGGAAAAGAUAGUUCAUAUGUUUUGAUAAGCAUUCAAGGAAGUCAAUGUAAAUCACCAAUGUUUAUUGAAAACAACUAUCAACAAAUUACUUGUUCAUUGGGUAGUGUUGAACCUUAUUCAACCGAUCUAAAUUAUACUGUUAAAAUUGGAGUUGGUGGAAUGCUUACAACCAAAGUUGUAUCUCUUGCAAAAGAGUGUCUUAACAAUUGCUCGGCACAUGGCAUUUGCAACCAAACAUUUGGGACAUGCAAAUGUAACAGUGGUCAUGAACCCCUAUUGGAUUGUUCAUCAUUGGUCAAUCGUAGUCAGUUACUAAACACAACCGUUUGGGAUAACGGCAUGUCACUUUUUUCAACUGAUCAAACGAUCAGUGGUGUGAUUGUUAAUUUCACAACUGGCAUACAAUUCAUUCGUGAAAUCAAUCACGAUAAAUCAAUAAUUAAAACAAUAUCCAUAGAUAAUGUCGUGUGGACGCAAGAGGAGGAGAAGACAUCAGCCGGUGACUUGGUGAUAUUCCACACACAAUCAGAUUCGGUAGAAUUUGACAAGUGUGGUAAGCUAAAAGUCAGAAGUGAUAUAUCUCGUGGUGAUCAGAUUAUAUGGACCAGAGUUCAAGUUGGACGGACACUUUUAAACUGUAAAAUAGCAAGUAGAAUGGUUAUAGACAACUCGACAAUCAUUCCAUCCAAAGUAACACUUCUCACAAACGAUGAUCCAAUCUCUCAACAAAUCUGGAAAAAUCGAAAAUUCAACCUUUUAACCACGUUCCACAUACCUCGAUUCUCUCAAUCGGUUGAACUCGAUCCCGUCUUCAACGCACUCAUUCUUGGCGAUGACUCCAAUCUGCCAUAUGAGUGCACUGAAGAGACAUCUGACCGAUGGACAUUUAUCAUAGUCGCUGUUGUCUUAUCGGCUGCACUACUCUCUAUCAUAGUAGUAGUGUUAGUCAUUGUAUUCAUAAAGCGACCACCAACAAACAGACCACCAAAUAGAGAAGCCCCCAUAGAAAUGGAUAUAAUUACAAGUUCAGAGGAAAUCAAUACCCAACAACAACAAAAUAAUAAUUAUGAUUUGAGGAUUCUCAAAGAAGAAUAG